GUCAGCCAAACAGCCUGCCAGAGCUUGUUCUUACCUUCCUCUACCAGUUCACUAUUAGGUUUUGCAAAAAUGAAUCCGAUUACUUGGCUUUGGGGCAAAAUUAAAGCCCAUGAGAAGGUGCACGUUGCCUGGUGUGUGACAGGUAUUGUCGGAUGCCUUAUGCUCUAUGGAGUCCUUCAGGAGCGCAUUAUGACAAUGCCUUUCGGAGAGGGCGCGGCAGCUGAGGUAUUCAAGUACUCCCUUUUCCUGGUGCUGUGCAACCGCCUGACGACUUGCGCGGUCGCCAUUGUCAUGUUGGUGCACGAUGGCAAGUACUCGGAGAUUUACCCCGUGGCGCCUAUCUGGACCUACUUCGCCGUGUCGCUGUCAAAUGUGAUCGCCACAACCUGCCAAUACGAGGCACUCAAAUACGUGUCUUUCCCGGUCCAGACCCUUGGGAAAUGCGCGAAGAUGCUGCCUGUGAUGAUCUGGGGUAUCCUCAUGCUGCGCAAGAAGUACAAGGCCGCGGACUGGGGUCUGGCACUGGUUAUCACCUCCGGCUGCACGGUGUUCCUGCUGACGGGUGAUGUGAAGUCCAAGGUUUCGGAGAGCCUGUGGCAGUCCAGCAUCUAUGGCCUGGCGCUGAUGCUGGGCUACCUGGGCUUUGACGGCUUCACGUCGACGUUCCAGGACAAGCUGUUCAAGGGGUACAACAUGACCACCUACAACCAGAUGCUGUACACCACCAUGUGCUCCUCCAUUCUGAGCAUGCUGGGCCUGUUCUCCUCGGGCCAGCUGCCCCUGGCGUUCUCGUUCGUGAACCGCCACCCCGACGCACUGUCGUCUAUGAUGACACUGUCGGUGGCCGCCACCGUGGGUGCGCUGUUCAUCUCCUACACCAUCAAGACCUUCGGCGCGCUGGUGUUCGCCACCAUCAUGACCACCCGCCAGUUCCUGUCCAUCCUGCUGUCCUGCAUCCUGUUUGCGCACCCGCUCACCGGUGGCCAGUGGCUGGGCUCGACCAUGGUGUUCGGCGCCCUGUAUUACCAGGGCUUUGCCAAGAAGGACGGCGGCAAGCACGGCGCCAAGACGGAGGCGCCCCCAAAGGACACUGAGCGCGGCGAGGCGGCCGCGCAGGAGGAGCCGCUGCUCGGCGGCAAGCAGGAGGAGAAGUGACUUGCACAACCGCUGCGCAACCGCCAACGUCUGUGACCACGUGAGGCUAGAGGGGGGGCCGCAGAGCGGUGUUGCGCGCCCCAUGCAGCCCCAUGGCGGCCCUUUCCUGGGCGCAGGUACGGUAGCCACGCGUCCAUAGCGGUGCUCAGGGACCAAGGACACGAGUGCAUGCUGACUUUUAGAAAUCCCCGGACUAGAUGACUGUUCAUGUUUAGCUACUUGUUGGCCUAGUAAUGCUUGGACGCCAGGGAUACACCGCUCUGGAUGCGCUGAGUGUAUGUGGACGUGUUUUCAUGCCGCAUUAGGUCAAUGCCGAGGACAUUAGCAAUGCUGCUGGAGGUGAAUGUGAUGGUGGAUGUUUGUGGCCAUAUAUCCGGCAUCGACUGAGGAGUAGCAGGUGGCAUGCGCGGCAUAGAACGGCAGGCAGCACCUCAGCAGGUCCCAGGCGACAUCCCCAGCGUGUGUCUGAACCUAGUGAGAUGGUGUUGGGCAGGGGUGGUGUUGGGUGAGGCGGCCUGGCCGGACCUUGGCGGGCCAGCAGCCCAAGCGCCAAAGCGCAAUGCGAAGGACUGGCUCGAAUGUUUACACCAACGGACAUUCAUGGCCUUUCCAUGAGCUGUACAAUUCAAAUGGCAA